UCAUCUGACGUCGAACCGAAGGAUCUUUCUCCACAAGUCGAGGUUGUCCUUGGACCACGCAAUGGCCCCACGCCAGCCAUGGAGGCUCCGAAGGCCCAGUGAGGCUGCGAGUGCUGUUGACCUCAGCGGUGUGGCACCUUCUCCCCGCCCCACGGGGAUGGGCAGCCUGGUGCCAGGGACACCCGAGUGCAUUCUGUGGCUGCCCCACCUCCUGUCGGCUGGAGUGGACGUCAGCACAGAGCCCGGGUCCAGGUGCCAUGACCCUGUGACUGAGUUCCGAGCACACCUCGGGAUGAGGAAGCCUGUGGUGGUAGCCAUCAAACUGGUGGUGCUCUGUGCUGGAGUUCUCCUCCCUUUCAUCUUGAGAGGCAGAGGACUCCUCUGGGGAAGUUCCGGGAAGGCUCGAGUUCUCAGCGUGCUGGAGGCAAGCGUGCGCACGGUGGACAGGGCCGUCUACACCUCCCUGGGAAGGAGCCUCAGAAAGAGGGACAUCACAUCCCCAUCUGAGCUGCUGUCUUUCUCCAAGCUCCCCGAGCCAGCAGGCAGAGCCCUCUCCCGAGCCGCGGAGAUCAUGGAGGCCUCCAUCCAGGCACUGGGGCUGACGCAGCUGCAGCUUCCCCCCGACGUUUCAUCAGAAGAUGUACUGAACAUGAUUGCAAAUCUGUCUGGCUGCCUACCUUACAUGCAGCCACCACGAUGCCCGAACACCUGCCUGGCAAACAAGUACAGACUCAUCACUGGCGCCUGCAACAACAGGGAUCACCCCACCUGGGGCGCCUCCAACACAGCCCUGGCCCGCUGGCUCCCUCCAGCCUACGAAGAUGGCUUCAGCCAGCCCCGAGGCUGGAACCCCAGCCUCCUGUAUCACGGCUUUCCGCUGCCCCCGGUACGGGAGGUGACUCAGAAAGUUAUUCAAGUUCCAAAUGAGGCAGUGACCGAGGACGCCCAGUAUUCCGACUUCCUGACAGUGUGGGGCCAGUACAUCGGCCAUGACAUGGCACUCACCCCACAGAGCACGGCCGGCGCCGACUGCCAGCUGACCUGUGAGAACCGGAGCCCCUGCUUCCCUAUACAGCUCCCCGCCGACGCCCCGCAGGGCCCCCGGUGCCUGCCCUUUUCCCGCUCGGCGGCCGCCUGCGGCUCAGGGACACGCGGCGCGCUCCUGGUCAAUCUCUCCGCGGCGGCCACGCGGCAGCAGGUGAACGCGCUCACCUCCUUCCUAGACGCCUCCACAGUCUACGGCAGCUCCGCGGCCGCCGAGCGGUUCCUGCGCGACUGGGCCGGCGCGGCUGGGCGGCUCCGAGUCAACACGCGCCACCGCGACGCUGGCCGCGCCCUCCUGCCCUUCACGCCGCUGCACGCGCCGGCCGCCUGCGCCCCGGCGCCCGGCGCCCCUCACGCAGCCCGCGCUCCCUGCUUCCUGGCGGGCGACGGCCGCGCCAGCGAGGUCCCUGCGCUCGCCGCCCUGCACACGCUGUGGCUGCGCGAGCACAACCGCCUGGCCGCGGCGCUCGGGGCCCUGAACCCGCACUGGAGCGCGGACACCGUGUACCAGGAGGCGCGCAAGGUGGUGGGCGCCCUGCACCAGAUCAUCACCCUGAGGGAUUACAGCCCCAGGAUCCUGGGUCCCGACGCCUUCCGGCAGCACGUGGGCCCCUACGAAGGCUACGACCCCACUGUGAACCCCACGGUAUCCAAUGUCUUCGCCACCGCCGCCUUCCGCUUCGGCCACGCCGCUAUCCACCCCCUGGCGAGGCGGCUGGACACGGCCUUCAAGGACGACCCGGACCUCCCCCCGCUGCUGCUGGGCGAUGCCUUCUUCAGCCCCUGGAGGCUCAUCGGGGAAGGUGGCGUGGACCCCAUCCUGCGGGGCCUUCUCGCCCGGCCAGCCAAGGUGCCGGUGCCUGAGCAGCUGAUGAACGAGGAGCUGACCGAGAGGCUCUUUGUGCUGUCCACCCCUGGUUCCCUGGACCUGGCAUCGCUCAACCUGCAGAGGGGCCGGGACCACGGCCUGCCAGGGUACAAUGCGUGGAGAGAGCUCUGUGGCCUGCCCCCACUGCAGACCCCGACCGACCUGCACGGGGCUGUCAGCAACAGGAGUGUGGUGGACAGGAUCCUGGCCCUCUACAAGCACGGGGACAACGUGGAUGUGUGGCUGGGCGGCCUGUCCGAGGACUUCCUGCCAGGGGCCAGGACCGGCCCCCUGUUUGCUUGCAUCAUCGGGAAGCAGAUGAAGGCGCUGAGGGACGGGGACAGGUUUUGGUGGGAGAACAGCCCUGUCUUCACAGAGGCUCAGCGACGGGAGCUGGGAAAACACUCCCUGUCUCGGGUCAUCUGCGACAACUCUGGCCUCAGCCAUGUGCCCAGGGACGCCUUCCGCGUCGGGCGGUUCCCCCAGGACUUUGAGUCCUGUGAGCACAUCCCCAGCCUGGACCUGGAAGCAUGGAGAGAGACCUUCCUGCAAGAUGACAGGUGCAGCUCACCAGACAAGGUGGAGAAUGGGGAUUUCAUGCACUGUGAGGAUUCUGGAAAGCAAGUGCUGGUGUAUUCCUGUCACCAUGGAUACGAGCUUCACGGGCAGGAGCAGGUCACUUGCACCCCAAAUGGGUGGGACGCCCAGCCGCCUGUCUGCAAAGAUGUGGACGAGUGUGCAGACCCAGUGCUCCCGCCCUGCCACCCCUCCGCGCACUGCAGGAACACCAGGGGCAGCUUCCAGUGCCUGUGCACUGACCCCUACGUGCUGGCUGAGGACGCCAGGACCUGUGUAGACUCUGGCCGGCUCCCGCGGGCGUCUUGGGUCUCCCUCGCACUGGGGGCACUGCUGGUCGGCGUCUUGGCGGGCAUCACCUGGACGGUGAUCUGCAGGUGGAUGCACUGCCCUGCAAAAUCCACACUGCCAGUCACCGAGGGAGAUGCAAAAGUCCCUCCCCGGCCGGAAUGCAGAAUGUGUCAGGAAGCUGCAGCUCAGGACCUGGAGCAGGGACAGGCCCAUGGGUCGCAGAUCCCUCUCUGCAUGUAGGAGCCUCACUCUCUUGGCCUUGCCCAGGCUUCGAAUGCACGGCCUGUCUGGAGCCUGAAACUUCCUCACUGGCAAGAUGGCAGAGGGCAGCAAAUCCUGUCGACAGCCCCAGGGCAGUGACUUGCCUCAGACGAGUUUGUCUUGUGUGGAGCCAGACACUGCUGGUGUUUGUCCUGAAUUUCAUGGUACAGGAGCAGAGGGAUGGCAGGUGACGAACUCACUGCUGAGUCUCCUGAUCCGGUCCAGCGGCCACGGGCGCCAGACACUGCAAAACAAUUUCUGUGUCAGACAUCCCUGCUGAGACUGUCUUCCAAAUGCAGACACCUGUAGUAUCAUGUUCUGCUUACUCUAGAGCACGCAUGAAUAAACGACAUGUCCUCACGCC